CUCGCUCCAGAUUGAAACUCAAAACAAAGAAAGAUUAGAGAAUCGAAGAAGCGUACCGUGAAGCAGGAAUGUCGACGAUCUUCAUCGCCGUCCAGUGUUUUCAAUGCUCCACGAUGCAGGUGAAGCAGCAGCGAAGGAGCGGGAAUAAGUGGAUCUGUGCAGUAUGCAACGAGAAGCAAUCGGUGCAGAAGGUGUUUGCUCGAGCUCCGAUGGCUAAAGACGUCCGUAAGUUCGUACAGAGCUUCAAUAUGUCUCGGAAAUAUGCGGAUGAACAGACGAAAGUCGAUGAGAUACUUGAUGAGGAAAUUGUUGACGAGGAUCAGCUUGAUUUCAACGCGAAGAGAAAAAGACGUAGCGAUUGGAGUGAGUACCUCGAUCUCGAGGAAGAUCGCAGCCAGACUGGAAGAGAAAACGAACGAGAAUUAGGUAGUGAUUUUACUGACGGAAAGAUUGUGACGGAGCUUCCAGAAGAAAAAACCAGGAAGCACUGUUCAACGAGCUGUUCAAGCAGGCCGGAAGGUGGAGAAGGAAAAAGAUUUUACAGACCAGUUUUCCCGAAGAGGACACACAUUGCCAAGAAUUCAGCCAUUCAAGCAUCAAAAUGGCGUAAAGGCGUCCGAGAAGAUGAUGAAAAAGUUUCGUUGAAAGCCAAUCUAAGCUCCAAAGAUGAGAUUCGAAACUGGGAAUCGCAGUCAGACAUUGAAGCGUCAAAAUGGAGUAAAGGCAUGUCAAAAGACGAUGAAAAUGCUUGCAUAUUAGCUAAGGUUUGUUCUCGGUCCAUUUCAAGGUGUGAAGUGACUACCUUCACGUUCCCUGAGAUUGGCUUUGGGCCUUUCCUGUGCAACUUAGGUGGAGGGCAAAGAAGGCCCCCGAGCCAAUAGUGAGAUAUCACUCUAAAAGAGCUAAAAUUCUAAACUUGUGUUAAGACCUACGAGCCAAAAGACAAUCUCAGGUAGACAGUUUCUAUGGGGUAUAAGCCUCCCAAAAGGCAACGGAGGUGUGCAAAGGUUUUCUCAGGCCAGACGGGGAUUGGCCCUCGAGUGUAAAGGCAGGUUAGUUGUCGGUCCAUUUCAAAGUGUGAAUUUUUUUUUUUUCAUAUUGAAUAUUGAAAAGUAAGUUUAUAAUCUAA